AUGGAAGACCAAGACAGGACGGCGGCCGGACAACAAGCUGAACCAGUCCUAGAGGGCAUCUUUGCGGUAGCCAAGCCUGCACAUGUCUCGUCAGCAGACGUCCUCCUCAAACUUCAAUCAACAUUCGCUCCAUCGACUACAUUUGCGCCGCUGCUCAGGCAUCAACCUAAACGUACCAGCAAAUCAUCCGAUCAGGUGUUUCGUUUAGGUCAUGGUGGCACGCUCGACCCUUUGGCUUCAGGCGUACUCAUUGUGGGGAUCGGGCGAGUCGUCGUGUUUGGUGCUAGCACCGACAGUUAUGAUUGCACGGGAACCAUUGUUGAAUCCGCAGAUACCUCGCAUAUCACUCGUCAGUUGGUCGAAGAAAAGCUGGAAAACUUUAGAGGAACCAUCAAGCAAGUCCCUCCAGUAUACUCUGCGCUGAAAAUCAAUGGCAUCAAAGCUUGCGAGUACGUGCGACAGGGUAAGGAGUUACCAAGAGAGUUGGAGAGUAGAGAGAUGAACGUCGAUGAAUGCACGCUAUUAGAUUGGUAUGACAUGGGAGAGCAUUCCUUUGCACUUCCUGGCGGAGAAGAGCCUGCUUCAGCGCCUGCAGCGCGUAUCAGGUUGACUGUGUGUUCUGGCUUCUACGUUCGCAGCUUUGCACACGAUCUGGGUAUCGCAUGCAGCACUUUUUCAUACAUGGCCUCUCUGGAUCGCACUCGCCAAGCCAACUUUACCGUCGAUUCCUCAGCCAGAUCUCCGGAUACUAUUUCCGCCCUCACAUACCCAGAACUGGAUGCUGGCGAAUCCACAUGGGGUCUGAAGCUCAGACCACAGCUUGAGAAGUGGGUUGCGGCGAAUCCGAUUAACUCAGGGCAUGUCAAUGGACGUCAAGAAAGCAUGAAGAGGAAGAUGGCGCAGGACAAAGAAACGAAGCCUAGACAGAGAUUCCGUGGAGAAUGGGUAGCUGAGACGAAGAAAGAAAGGAUCAAGCAGCAAGGAGGUAAAUUCAAGGGUAAAUGGGGACGGAAGCCCAAGGUUGAGCCAGCCUCGGAAUUGCCGUUAGCAGCACCCUCAGCCCAAACUACAAACACCAAAGGUGACUCGCCCAGCGAAGCGAAACCAACAACAUGA